AUGGGGAGUUUUCAUAGCUUAUUUAAAAAUCUCUUUGGAAAGAAAGAAAUGAGGAUCCUGAUGGUAGGACUGGAUGCAGCUGGAAAGACCACCAUCCUGUACAAGCUCAAACUGGGAGAAAUUGUUACCACAAUCCCUACCAUCGGUUUUAAUGUUGAGACGGUAGAAUACAAGAACAUCAGUUUUACAGUAUGGGAUGUUGGUGGUCAGGACAAGAUCAGGCCGCUCUGGAGGCAUUACUUCCAAAACACACAAGGCCUCAUCUUUGUCGUGGACAGUAAUGACAGAGAGCGAGUUGGUGAGGCAAGGGAAGAGCUAAUGAGAAUGCUGGCCGAGGAUGAGCUGAGGGAUGCUGUGCUGCUUGUGUUUGCCAACAAACAGGACCUGCCCAAUGCCAUGAAUGCAGCUGAGAUCACAGACAAGCUUGGCCUGCACACCCUGCGAAACCGCCACUGGUAUAUCCAGGCCACGUGCGCUACUAGUGGAGACGGUCUCUACGAGGGUCUAGACUGGCUUUCAAACCAGCUUAAGGGCCAAAAAUGAUCCAUCACUCUACCUCCUGUCUGUCAUCUCUGUCUGCAGUGCGAUGGGAGGCAGCACUGGUCCUGGUCUGACUCUCCUCUACUUUCUUCUCUUUCAACUGGAGCGUUGGACUUGUUGGCCAGUGCUUCCCAGCAUCUCUGUCUUGUGUGUGUGUGGGUGUGUUUGAAUGACUAUUUUAGGAUGAAUGAAUAUGUGUGUGAGCUGAGUGGGAGCAGCCCUGCUGUGCCUUGAAAACAGUUAACUCUCAGCACAUCCAAAGGCACUGGUCUCAACAGCCACUCCAUUCAGUUUUUACAUCUGCUAGUGACAUUAAGGCCUUGUUCACAACAGUUAAUUCACUCUGAGAAGCCACACAGUGUAACCGUGUCAUGUUUGAUACAAUAAAGUACCUGACAUCCCAGAGCAGUUCACAUUCUUUUGAAAAUGAUGAGUUUUGGUGAUGACUGCAUCAGUUUCUCUCAACAGUUCAGCUCUUCAGAUUCUUAGUUUAAAGGUGCACUAUGUAGUUUUAGGGAAGAAUUUUUAAUCAGACGCACGCUGAUUUUUGUUAUGUAAACAAAAAAUAAACUCUUGGUUUUCAUGACUGAAUAAACAGACUGACUUUAAAGGACAACACAGUCUUGUACUGUUUGUUUAUAGUUGGUGGACCCCGCCACCUUUCUAGCUUCAAACAGUGUUCUUAUUUUCCUCUGAGAAAAGCUUGGUUAUUCGUAAAAAGAAUAAAAGAAAUAUGUAAGUGCAUAUCAUUGUAUAAUUCAUUUUGUAAAUAUCCUGAGUUUGAAUUUUCUGAAACUACAUAGUGCGCUGGUUUCUGUAGAUGAGUUCCCCCCCAUCAUGGUUUUGACUAAUAUUUAUUUUGAUGGAGAUUAAACUAUCCGUCAUAUUUGGGUCUUGAAAAGGCAACAAAUGCUUCAUGUUUAAAUCAUGUGGGGGUCUGUAAAGUGUGGCACCAUUGGUGAAUGUGUGAGUUUCAGCUACAUCCAGUCCACUAAAACAGUGAGGCCUUUUUAGAGUUGCUCCCACUCUGGCUUUUUAAUUACUAAUAGUCUUUCUCUCUCUUAUGUUGUUCUUUCAGUAAGGGUCUGUUCUUUUGUUGUAUUUUUCUUUUUUUUACGUUACUGUAAAUGUACUUGACCUGGUUUAUUUAAGCGUGAGCUGACGUGCCAGGUGUGCAGUCUUUUGAGUAAAAUGCUCUUGGGACCAAUUGGUUGCAUUCAGAGAGGGCUUGUUGUGUUUGGUUCAGUUUCGGAUUUGCCCGCCUCUCUUUGUUCUUGUGAGGACACACGUGCUCUUGAACAAAUUGUCAGCGUUGUGAUAGACGGUACAGUUGAACUGGAAGUGUUUGCGCUGGCCUGCUGUACGAAUCAGCACUGUAAAUGCUUCCUCUAUGCUUCAGGCUUCAUGGUCUUGUUCCUACAUGUAGCUUGGGCACUUCCCCUGGGGUAAUUGACAUCUCCCUCUGAUGCCAUUUGCACAGCCUCAUCAGCUUGAACAACACAGGCCUAUGUGAAGACUGCAGUUUAUCCAUCAGCCUUUGCAAAGAACUUCAACAGUAACCUUUCAUGUUGCUCUAAACCAGCAGUUUAAGUGUGCAAGUAUGAAUGUUGCAACAGUUAACCCAGUAACAAUACCAUUUCCGACAUAUCCAUUCCCCUCUAAGGCUCUUCUAUCAUCUUGAACUGUGCACAGUCCUGACUGAAUGAACACUGACCUCUAAAGGAAUAUUAAUUUUCCCUUAUUUUUUGUUUUGUUUCUACAACUGGACAUUUAGGUGUUUUCUUGAAAAGUUUGAGUACUGAUUGACUCUUCUUUUGGGCUUUCUUUGUCCUUUGUAUGUUAAGUAAACAUCUGUAGAGUUCAUAGGAUAAGUGACAUGAUCUGGUAUGCAGCAAGAAUUACAAAUGUGUAUAUAAUCUGUAAGAAAAUGUAUUUUAACUUGACAUCCACCUACCCUUGUUCAGAUGUGAAGCUUUAAUUUUCAAGAUCGUUUCUGUACAAAUGACAAGGUAUGUGCAUAUGUAUUUCUUGAUUACCUUUUUCGCUUUUUUAAACUCAUCUUGUAACAUCUGAUAAAUGCACUAUAAUAAAGAGAUCUCUAUUGUA